AUGAUCCCCACAAUCCUCCUCUCGACACUGCCCAUACCUUCUCUUAUCCUCUUACUCCUCAUCACACUAUACCACCUCACCCCUCUACUCAACAUGUUACCCAACCUCACACCGUCCCUACAGAAAUUAUCAAGCAUAAUUCCUCAUCCUAAGAAAUCGAGAAACCUUCCCAGGGAAUUUUUCAACUUACCUCCUCGACCUGGAUCACCUUCUUCCCACAAGACCAAUGAUGAAGAUACCUCCAUCAGAGGACUUUUGGGCGUAAGAGGAAGUUUGAUGAUUAUCUUGUUGGUAGAAGCUCUCGUUUCCCUGGCUACUGGCUGGGCCUAUCUUUCAAUUACCACCACCGAAGGCUCAGAAGAAGCGGCAAAUUGGGCUUUGGUAGCUACUAGUCUAGUACCAUUACCUUCUACUUUAGCUUUUCUCAGUUUAUUCACCAUCCUUUCCAAACCUACUUUAUACCAUCGACAUGCCCCUGCAACAUCAACUUCGACAAUUAGAAAAGUGAUUUUCAAGGAUGGAGGUAUGACUCAUUCAACAUUAUUACCUCGUAUUUUACCUUUUUCAAUUCUCUUCACGACCAUCACUAUAAUCAUAUCGUCAGUCCAACCCUCCUGUGGCGGAUAUGUGAUCCUUGGAUACACAUCAUUAUGUUUGAUGAUAGUAUUGGGAAGUGGGACGAUAGGGAUGUGGAGGAUGAUCACGAAACCCCGAGAAGGUCUGAUUAGACUGAGGGGUGAAUCUAGAAUGUCAUUAUACGAGAAAGACAGAUUGAGAUCUCGGUCCUGUACGCCUGAUUCGAUGACUGAUUCGACGUAUAGAGUUAGUAAUGAGUUGAUGGGUAUGACUCAAGAAGAGGGAAUGGAGAGAGUUAGAGAUACAAGUAGUUGGUUGAGUUCACCUUCAAGACCACCUACACCUGUAUCAUCGUUUGAUUACUCUUCGCCGCAUGGUACAGUUUCUACGGCCUCCACGAAAGCUACGUUCAAAACACCUAGAUCCAAACCAUCCAAUUCGAGCUUUGCGGCUUCAGCAUCAUUCGCUGUUCCCCCUUCUACCUCCGCUUUCACCUCGACUACUACACUGGUAACUCCUGAGCACCAGUCGAGGUCCCAAAACGAUAUAUCCGGAUCAGCAGCGGAGGCAGUUAUAAAUGAUCAAUCAUGGUUGAGCGAACCUACCAACACUCCAUCUUCUAUAUCAGCCUGGUCGUUCCCUCCUUCUCCCGCUUCACCUCAACCUGCCAUAACAAGGAACCGGUCGCCUUCACCAUCAAGUGUACCACUUUCUCCAGAUGAGGAAGGGAGAGAUCCAAACUUACCUAGACCUGGUGAAAGGAGAUUACCAGUAAGACCAAGCGAUAGUACUACCUAUACACAUACUAUCGGGUCCACGUCCCCCACGUCAGGAUACUUCGACGCAUCGAUCUUAGGUGAUUAUUCACCUGAUCCGUUCAAUCCUCUACCACCUAGAGGGUUCGCCAGUCUGACUAGUUAUCCAGUAUCUCCUGAUCAACUUCAAAGCCAAUCAAGCUUGAUUACCAGAGUGGCAGCACUUCAAUCUGGCGAUUCACUUGCCAAUGGGAUUGUACCCGUAAAGAAAGGAUCAUCAACUUGGACUUUACAAUCUGCUGGAGCGGAUGCGUACAAAACUCCAGAUCAUAAAAUGUCCAGAGCCAGAAAAGUUUUAUCGACUGCCGAGAGACGAGCGCCGCCCCCUCCACCCAUGCCUGUUGAUAUGCCUUUGCCACCCACGCCCACUCUCGCGAGAAGCUCGAUCUUGUUUGAAAUUCAAGGGAAAGAUAGUAUGGAGAUGCUUUUGGGAAAUAGCGAUUGGGUGGAAGUGGAACGUGAGGAAGAAGCAUUAGAAGAUUGGGGCAGAGGUGGAAGAGGUGUGGGAUUGGUGGCCGUGGCUGGUAUUGUGCUUUGCUAUGGGUUGUCUUUACCGCUUCUCUUGAAUGGACCAAAGGACAUGGCAAUCAUCCUGUAUCUUAUAUCGGUUCUCUUACCUUCACCCUUCUUGGCGCUUAUUUCUUACCUUUUACGAUACCGACCCAUGCCUGUUUCGUCAGGUGUCCGGUCUAAGAAAAGCUCAACGAAGACUACAUCGACCGCCCAUCGAUCUCUGGCUUUACUAUCCGAAUCUCAAUUAUCUUUGCCCCUUUCCAUCUCACCCAAGUUGACUCCUCCAGCUCCUAAAAGAGCUUCAACGAUGAAUCUCGCUUCUCCAACACUCUCAAAGAUGAUCGAACCCAAACCUUCUCUCACCACUUUUAUCGGGUCUGGGCGACGACAUACCGUGUAUGGAGGACUGACAUUGGCAGAAAUGCAAGGGGAUGAAGAUAUGCGAAAAACCCUAGCUAGACGUAGUGGCGAUGUAUGGAUAUCUAAUGGACAUGCUAUCGAAGGUGGUGGAUUCAUCUCAAGGGCUACAGAGAUGCUCAAACCUGUACCUGCUAUGAGGGUAUUGGAAGAUACGAGAAGAAGGAACGAUGAUGGUACCAUGAAGAAGAUGAGAGGUGGUGUAGUGUCAAUGUUGGCCAAAAGAGCUAGUAGUUUGUUCCAUUCUCAGACUCGCGAUGAUAUCGAAUUGGGCCAAUUCGAAGAUGCCGAUGGUGAACCGUCCUUCGACAAGGGCAUUGCUCCUGCUUCACCUGCCAGAUCCGGUAUAGCAAUCUCGAUCAUUGCUCCUUCACCCGAAAAGAGGUUGUCCAAAGCCACCGCUGUAACAAGAACAGGAAGUUCAUACUCUACCGGUGAAGGGGAGAACGAACCUGAAAUAGAUGCGAGCUAUGGAACUGCUGAAAUUGGAAUGGCCAAAAGAGGCAGAAUGUCAAACGGACCGAUGUUCAUCUUUGGGAAAGAUAAGGAGAAGAGGACUGAGAAUGGAUAUGAAUUGGAUUGGCUGACUGCUGGAGUAUUACCUGGCCUUGUACCAUCUAUCAAAAUUAGGAAUGAUGUACGAAUCGAGCCUGCUCUCCAUUCUGCCCCACCUGGUCAAACCGAACAUGACCAUGGACAUGAAGAUCAGCACGAUACACCUAAAGUCAGACAACGACCUUUAUCGGAUAUGCCUAUUUCGCCAUACCAAGAGGGCGAUUCAAGCUACGUGACCAUGCCUUCCUUCCGAGACUCGUCGUUCAAACAAUCUACACCGCAUGGUCGAAAACAUACUCAUACCAGAUCGUAUUCAUCAUCUGUCGAUUUCACUCUACCUUCAGAUUAUUUUACGGCUGAGACUGCUACUUCCGUCUCUCGCGAACUUCGUCAACGAAAUGCCAUGACCAAUUUGGGGUUGGAGUUGGGAAGAUCCGAUACCGUCGAGAGUAGCCGAACGAUGACUCAUAAACCUUCUUUCGGAUUACCGAAAUUGGCCAAGGACGACUUCGAAGGUGAAAUUAGGAAAUCGAUCGAUGAUUUAUCUCAACGACCUAACUUCGACGAACAGGACUGUCAAGAACAUCAAGUGUCAUCGAAUGGAAUUGACUUGCCGCCGAUUCCGACUACGAUGACACUAAAACAUAAACCUUCCUUAUCAAGAGUCUCAGAGGUUACUGAAGAACCCACUUUGGCUCUAUCAAAUAACAGUGUCGGCCAACAAGAGAUUGGAAAUGACACUUCUGCGAUCUUCUCUCAAUCUGCUUUAGAAGAUAUGCACCUGGCCUUAGCUUUGGGAACAACCAUGCCUUCUCCUCUUCGACAAGGUAGUAGUAAUAAUCUUCAACCGAAGAUGUCGGAUGAUUCGACCCAUACCGGUGAUUUAUCUAUAGUCCACAGUAUUUCAACGAAUGACGAAAAUCUAGAAGAGAUGGAAAGGAUGAUGGCGAUGGAUACACCUACUCGGACCGAAUUUGUUAUUUCGCCUCCUCCCGGAUCAACUUCUGGAGCCUCUGGUUCAGGAAGAGAUUCAAGAGCUAGUGAUAGAUCUGUAUCUACUUUUACUAGUGCAUAUACGACCACCACUACUACAACGACGACAAAUGAUAGUCCGUUACCACCUGUUCCAACCUUACCUUUAGAAUAUAGACAACCUGCUUAUCCCGUUUAUUCCCAUCCCCACCCACCUCCCUUGAAUACUUUGAACGUGCAAGGCUCGAGCUCGGUGUUGGCCAGACAGAUUUCGAUGCCUAAUAUAGGGACUCAUCCACCUGUUCAAUCGCUCUUACCGAAAGCUAGAAAAUCGACUGAGACACUCCAUUCGACCAACUCUACUUCUAUCAGCUCGUCGGUAAUACAAACUCCCAAUAACAGGGAGAUGAACCAUCAACCAAGUAAAAAGGAGUUGAAGUUGGUUAAAGCAUUGGAAGAAAGGAAUAAUCAACCUAGAUCACAAACUUCUUUGGGAUUUAACGAAAAUGAUAAAGAGAAAAAGAGUGUGGUGGAGAAAAGAGGUUUGAGACCUUUGACUUUACUUGCUGAUAAUUCGUCUAAUGCGAAUAGAAGAUCGAGUGUGGGCAUGGGACUGAGAGGCGCUGGUCAAGUUGAAGGAGGUGGAUCGAAGGGAUUGUCAAUCUCAUCUGAUGAUAAUGAUAUUGCCACAAGAUCGAAAAGUAGUUUGGGAGGAGGAAAGAUGUGGGUGGGCAGUGGGAAGGAGAAUGUGAGGAAAGGAAGUAAAAUAUCAGCUGGGUCUGGGACGGGAGUGGGAGUAUCAGGAAUAAGAGGAUUGAGAGCUUAG